AUGGCUUCCCCCAGCGGUGAGGAUACAAUAACUUCUUUACUGACAUGUCCCGUCUGCUACAACCUGCUGCAAGCGCCCGCUUUCCAAUGUAAAAAUGGCCAUCUAGUAUGUUCCGGCUGCAGACAGCGAAUUACGCACUGCCCUUCCUGUAGGGAACCCAUGGGAGACAUACGAAGUCUGAUUGUGGAUCAACUCACCGCUACAUUAAGGUUCCCGUGUGCAAACAAAAAUUACGGAUGUCCGGAGCUACUCCUCGAAAGAUUUCGGGAGGAACAUCAAAGAAAUUGUCCAUAUCGGCCCGUAUCGUGCCCGUGUAGCGACCAAGGGUGUUCAUGGGAGGGAGAUCUUUCUUCUCUCAGCUCCCAUUUUACCCGCUCCCAUCCCCAAAUCCCUACUUUUUCUCGAUCCUCACUUCUCUUCAUGGGGGUACACUCAAACCAACCCAACCGCCUAAAAUGGGCCACCAUUCUAUCAUGUUACAAUCAACAAUUUUUCGUAUGUGUCACUAAACAUCCUUAUGAGCUUCCGACCUUCACCAUCACCGUACACUUACUAACGAUAUCUCUUCCCUCUACUAACUUUACCUAUUUUGUUGCCUUCAAAAAGAAAUCCCACUCUUUACAGUGGACGUCUACCCAUAUUCCUUCAUUUGGAGCUUCCACCCUAUCCCCGGCUCAGCCCCCUUUAGAGUUAUCCAGCGAUAUUGUUUAUUCGUUUGGUGCCCACCAUAAUUUUAAAUUUUUUUUAUCCAUUACUCCCACCUAA